AUGUCCAAACCCAUCAAAUCUUCAGCCAAAUCCCACGACACCAAAUUCUCUACCCAAACCCAUCACCAAUCCACUCACUCCCAACACUCACCCCGCGGAGUCCCCCCACAUCCCCAAAUCUCCAUCUUCGCGAAACGCGAAGACCAAAGCGCACCCCUCGCCUGCGCAGGCAACAAAUACCGCAAACUCGAAUACAUCGUGCCAGACAUCCUCUCCGCAACUCCACUACAUCACAGUCAUGAAAAGCACCCCAACACAAACACAACCACUCCCACUGGCCCCGCCACAAUCCUACAACCACACCGUCCAAGUCGCCGCCUUGGCCCGCAAACUCGGCUAAAAGCCCUUGUCCUCCUCUCCCGCGGUACAGGCGGGGGUCUACGCGCCAGUCAAGAUCCAGAGACAUUCCUUCGAACAGGCAAUGUGCAAAUCAACCGACUUCUAGGCGCAGAAGUGCGCAUUUUGGAUGAAAAUGACCCCCUCGCCUCAGACGCAUUUCCUAUCCUGGAAGACCUACGCGCGCAAGGUGAGCGUCCAUACUGGAUUCCCGGUGGGGCAAGUAUCCAUCCGUAUGGUGGACUAGGCUACGCGCGUGCAGCAUUUGAGAUCGCAGAACAAGAGACCGAAAUGCGACUCGGUGGAACGGGCCGAUUUGAUUUUAUUUUCGUCGCGUGUGGGAGUGGGAGUACGGUUGGUGGACUGAUUGCCGGAUUCCGAUUGUUGGAGGCAAGGCGCCAAGAGGCCGAUCGUCGAAUUCGACCGCGGAGAAGUGUUAUUGGCGUGCUUAAUUCGCCGACGAAGCCGCGGUCUUACCAUGAAGAGCGGGUUCUGCGGUUUGCGCAGCGGGCUAGUGCGCUUAUCGGACUUGAUUCGCAGCGGUUUAUCAGUGCUGAUGAUGUUAAGUUGGAAGAUCGGUUUGUUGGGUCUGCGUACGGGGUUUUGGAUGUCGAGACGAAAGAGGCGGCGGAACGGAUGGCGACGAUGGAGGCUGUUGUGCUUGAUCCUGUCUACACUGCUAAAGUUGCUCGGGGGAUGCUACAGUGGAUUCAAGAGGAAGAGAUUCGACAGUUUGCCCGGUUGCAUUCUUUGGACAAGGUCAAUGUACUGUUCAUUCAUACCGGGGGUCAGGCUGCACUAGGUGCAUACGCAGAUGUGAAUUGA